AUGAGCGAACUCUUCAAAAAACUCGAAGCAAAAAUUGACAAAUCAAUUGAAAAGGGCAAAGAAUCGCUUCAAAAAUCAAAACAAUUUUUCCACCACGGAACCGGCAAUGAUUCUCAUCACCAUGUUUCGGCAUCCAAUAUCUUUGGUACCGGCGGCAGCACUAACGAGAAAGUAUGGCAAAAUUGGGCCGGGAAUAUCUAUAUUGAGCCUGAUACGAUUUUUCGUCCGAGCUCGUUAAAGGAUCUUAAAGAGAUUGUUAGAAAAGCAAAGAAACACGGGAAAAAAAUUCGGUGUGUUUCUUCAGGACGUAAUACGUGGAGUUCGUUAUCAGUUACGCGAAAUUACUUAGUUAUUGUGGACAAGUUGGCUAAAAUUGAGGUGCAGAAAAGUGAAAAAUAUGGGUGGACUGUUACUGCAGAAGCUGGAGCGACCAUUAAACAAAUCGACGACACACUUAAAGCUCAUAAUCCACCAUUAGCUAUCGAUUCGAUGACUUUACUUGAUUCAGUUGGAGCUUCUGGUGUUGUGGCAACUGGGUCGUAUGGUGUUGGACUCGAAGCAAAAUGCGUUUCUGAUAAUGUUGUUUCAAUACAAAUUGUCACUGCUGAUGGCGAAUUGCAAGAAUUUACCGAAGAAAAAGAUUCGCUUGAAAUGAGUGCAGCUCGUGUUAACUUAGGUCUCCUCGGCAUUAUGUAUAAGAUCACUUGGCGUGUAGAACCGUUAUUCAAUCUACGUCUCGUCGACUCCCAACCUCUUCUUCAGUCAUGGUUUUACCCAGCAACAAUCAAAGAACUCUAUUCAAGCUCCAACAGUUUCGAAAUAAUCUACUGGACAUUUAACGAGAGUGAAUUAGAUCAUACGAAUGACAAAUUAUGGGUCAAACAAUGGAUUAAGCACGAGAAAGACGAGAAUAAUAGUGAAAUUAGCAACAAAAAAUUAGCCGGACAACGUAUUCGUGCGGAAUACGAAACAAGAUUCGGCGAAAAUCCACUAUACAAAGUUCUUGUGAAUUCUCCGGAAUGCACACCGUAUAUCUCAAAUCUUACAUGGAAAGCUGGUCCGGCAUCUAGACAUCAUGAUCAUGUUCUUUAUGCUCCAGACGCCAUUCAUCAUCAGAUUGGUGUUGAUAACGUUCCAUAUGAGGAUUUGGAGUUUACGUUCAGACUUAGAGACGAAGAUGAUUUUGGGAGCGCAAUCGAAGAGUUUAAGUUUAUUAUUACUAUGAUAUAUGAGUAUGCAAAUCAAGGAAAAUUCCCAGUAAAUCUCACAACUGAGCUGAGAUUCGUGAAAUCAUCGCGAUCACUCUUGUCGCCUGUGUACGAUGAGGAUCAAAAUGCAAUUUAUUGCUACAUUCAGGUACUCGCCAUACGAAACACUCUAGGGUGGGAAGAAUUCUCUUCUGAAUUGGCAGCUAGAUGGAUAAACAAAUAUAAAGCGCGACCACAUUGGGCUAAACAUUGGGAAUACGUGCCCGGCAUUAAACCAUACUUGCACGAGACAAUGUAUGAGCAAAUACAAAAAUUUGAAAAAGUCCGAGCGAAAUAUGAUCCGGAGAAAUUGUUUUUCGAUAACGAGUCCUUAAAGGAAGUUUUUUAUGGUGCUGACGCCGUUUCAAAUGUGGUAGAAUCCGCCUCUUGA